AUGGAUAGAAUAUUAUUACCAAGUCAAACACCAUCGAAAUCAGUAAAGUUUUCAAAUGUUACAAAUGUUCGUUUGAUUGAGAAUAACAAGGAGAAUCAGGUCGAUGGAUGCAAUACCGAUCCAAAAGAGUCAAUGAAAAACUAUGUUCAAAAGGCACUCAAUAUCGCUAUUCCACUCAAGGAGAACAAUGCCAAUCGUUUAAAUCAACAGGCCAAUUUGAAUGGUGUUGCCGGUUCCAAAGCAUCGUGUGAGAUCUUUACUGGCGAGGUGACCAAGGAAGAGCUCAACGUCGUAAAGAAGCUCGGUAAGCGUAGAAAUACAUUGUUCAUCCGUGACUCAAACUCGAGUGCCGUCGUCCAAGCCGAGAGAGAUAGCCAAAUUCGUGACACUGCUGCCUCGAUUAUAACUGGUGCUGUCAAGGCACGUGCCGCUAGAAAUAGAUUCAUCAAGAUGAAGAGUGCUGCCGUUCUCAUCCAAUCCGUCUACAGAUCACAUCGUCAACGUUCAGAGUUCCUCACCAAGAGAAGUGCUGCCAUCAAGAUCCAAUCGUUGGUUAGAAUGAGAAUCCAGAGAAAGUCUUACCUUUCACAGUUACAACAAAUCAAACUUGAAAAGGUCAGAUUGGAGCAAGAGAGAAUUGAAAAGGAGAGAUUGGAGCAAGAACGAUUAGAACAAGAGAGAAUUGAAAAGGAACGACUCGAACAAGAACGAUUAGAACAAGAGAGAAUUGAAAAUGAAAGACUAGAGCAAGAACGUAUCGCCGCCGAAAAGUUGGAACAAGAGCGUAUCGCUGCAGAGAAGCUGGCUGAAGAAGAACGUAUUGCUACCGAGAAGCAUGAACAAGAGCGACUUGCUGCCGAGAAACUUGAACAAGAACGUAUCGCCGCCGAAAAGUUGGAGCAAGAGCGUAUUGCUGCAGAGAAACUCGCCGAAGAAGAACGUAUUGCUGCCGAGAUGCUUGAACAAGAACGUAUCGCUGCCGAAAAGAUGGAGCAAGAACGUAUUGCUGCAGAGAAACUCGCCGAAGAAGAACGUAUUGCUGCCGAGAAACUUGAACAAGAACGUAUCGCUGCCGAAAAGUUGGAGGAAGAGCGUAUCGCUGCAGAGAAACUCGCCGAAGAACGUAUCGCUGCCGAAAAGAUGGAGCAAGAGCGUAUCGCUGCCGAGAAGCUUGAACAAGAACGUAUCGCUGCCGAAAAGUUGGAGCAAGAACGUAUCGCUGCAGAGAAACUUGAACAGGAACGUAUUGCUGCCGAGAAGCUUGAACAAGAACGUAUCGCUGCCGAGAAGCUCGAACAAGAACGUAUUGCUGCUGAGCAUGCCAGAUUAGAGCAAGAACGUAUUGUCGCUGAGGAACAAAGAUUAGAGAGAGAAAGAGAGGAGAUGGAGAUACUUGCCGCUGAAGAGAGAGUAGAACAAGAACGUAUCGCUGCCGAGAAGCUCGAGCAAGAACGUAUCGCUGCUGAGGAACUUGCUGAAAAAGAAAGAAAGGAAAGGGAGAGAGAAGAGAUGGAGAUCCUCGCUGCCGAACAAGAGAAGGAGAGAGUACUCGAGCAAGAACAAUUGGCACAAGAGAGAGAAGAGCAAGAGCGUAUCGCUGCCAUUGAUCAAGAACAACAAGAAAAGAUCGACCAAUUAGAAAAGUUGAAUGACAAUGAAUUGGUCAUUGAGCAACUCGAGUCGGAGCCAGUCAUCGUCGCCUCGCCAGCUGCCAAACCAGACCUUAGAAGUAGAAUCAAUUUGCUCAAGAACAAGGUUGCCUCUGGCGCUGCAUCUGGCAAACCAACCAUUUCAUCGAGAUUGAUGACACCAACCGCUAGCAGUGAGCUCAAGCAAAAGAGAACCAUUGCUGAUGCACUCUCAUCCUCCACCUCAUCCUCCUCAAUGCAAUCAUCCACCUCCACAAAGGUUGUGAAUGAACCAUCAAAGAUUUCAAAACCAACUUUAUCAUCCACUGCCAGUUCAAAGACUCUGGAAGAAAGAAGAAAAGCAUUGGCCGAAAUGAGAGAAAAGAGAAUAGGAGGUGCCACUUCUACAACUACAUCUACCGUUUCAUCAAUCAAACCAACCGCUUCAAGCUCAACAUCCAUCCCAACUCGUACACCAUCUACUUUAACCUCGUCAACAGCAUCAUCAUUAUUGAAAAGACCAAUCUCAUCAGUAAGCAGUACUACCGAAUCCAAAUCAACCACCAGUGGUUUAAAAGCACCAAGACAGAGUGCCAUUCCAAGACCAAGCAUUGUCAUCGGAAUAUCUCAAGAUGAAAUUUCAUCAGUCUUUUGGGUAGUUCAACAAUAUAGAAUAGAUUAUAAUAUUAGUGAAUUAGCAUGUAAUACAAAUCAACGUGGUGUUUCUUUAACUUGUGAUUCGGGUGGUUCCAUUUUCGAAAUAACUUUUUAUGAUGCAGGUGUUAAAGUAGAUCAUGGUCAACCAAAUGCUACAAUUAAUACUUUAAUUUUUCCCAAAUUAAAAUCAUUUUACAUGAACCAACAAGUGAUCUCUCUUUAUGAUCCAACUCUAAAUUUAUUGGAUUUUAUAAAACCUUCAGGAUUUCCAUUGCUUCAGUAUAUCUCACACAGAGAUCACAAUGCUACAGCUAUCCCUCAACACAUUUUCCAAAUUCAAUUUCUUCAACAAAUAUAUCUCUAUUCUAGAUCUCUAACUGUUUUACCUUCAUAUGUACUUCAUCCAUCAAACGGAUUAGGUAGUCUAAAUUUACCAGACAGUCCUAUUGUACAAUUAGAUUACAUUCCAAAUCAAAACUCACCAAUUUAUUAUUUAAAUAUUGGAUUGGGUAUGAAUGAUACUUUUGUUACUUUUAAUUCAUCUAUUAUUAGACAAAGUAAAACAUUUACAUUAACAUUUCAAGUUUUUAGUAAGAUUUCUCUUACAGACAUUGCUCCAACUAUUAUUUUGAGUGGAAAAGGAUCCGAUUUUGGUAUGAUUGAUACAGGUGGUCCUCUCAACCUUUUACCACAUGAUCUCUCUAUUUACAACUUAACAACUUAUACAAAUUCAAAUAUAACUCAGUUUCCUAAUUUUACUAUCAAAGGAACUGUUUCUGGACAGAUUUCGUAUUUAACUCUCUCCGAUAAUAAACUUUCUGGUGCAGUUCCAAAUGAAUAUUUCCAUUCAAUAUUCAAGUCUGUAAAUGUUGGUGAUAAUAUUGGUAUUAAUUUUUUGCCAAACGAUGCAUGUGGAAUAAGAACUGUCUGGGCAGAUGAUACAUCACUUACAGAUCUUCCAGACUGUUUUAAAUGUUAUUGGGGUUCAUCAGGAAUAUAUGAAGCCUCUGAUUUUAGAGGUACACCAAUUUAUAAUAGUUUCAACCCAUCAACAUAUAAAUGUCCUAUUACGUAUACCAAACACUAUCUUUCAUAUGAUGCUGCUACUAUUACUAUAGUUGGUAACAAUCUAGGUUGGGCAUAUCAAAAUGAUUUCGACCCAAGACUGAAAGUCUUAGAGUACAACAAGAAAUUCCUUUAUAAUAUUGAUUUAUCCAAUAGAUCUCCCCAUAUCGUUCUAUCCAACUCCUCAAAUGUCGCAAUUGAUAUCACCUGGGAGAUUGAGAGUAUUAUAAUUUUAGAUUUAUCAAUAUCUCAAUAUCCAGGUGGUCUUGAAAUUUCUACCGAGCUUAAUUUGACACUUGGUUUCAAUCAGUAUUUGAAUUUUAUGAUCGAUGGAGUAGAAUGCUAUCCUAUGUUACCUUCAUUUAUGGCACCACCCACUGGAGUACCUGGUGUUGUUCAUUAUUCAAUAACAUGCCCAAAUCCAGCGAAAGGUGGUCUAAAGAAUGUUUCAAUUACAGAUCCAUACAGCACAGUAUAUACAACGUAUAAUCUUGUUUUAGAGUGGCCAGUAGUUACAGCAGCUUCACCUCUAGCUGUGGGUGGUGGUGUCAUCACUUUGAGUGGAACGUUCAGUGGUCAAGAAAAUACAUCCAUAUCAAUUGACGGUAGAUUUUGUAACAAGACAAUGGAUAGUACACAUUUUGUAACUUGUUUCAUCCAAGGUCCGUUGUUAGUUGGUUACCAAUUGUUGAAUGUCUCCGACUCUGGAUUUUAUUUUGUAUCGAAAUCUAUUGUCGUUGUGCUUGGUGACCCUGAAGACAACUUCGAGUACUGUAAGAAAACAUAUGCCAAUUGUACAGGACAUGGAGAAUGCAAUCAAGAUGGUAAAUGUGUAUGCUUUCCUGGUAGUGGUUGGUUCGGUAUCAAAUGUGAUCAACAACUUGCACCUGGACCUACUGUCAACAUCAACAACACAUCACCAUCAGCAUCAAUUGAUUAUAAAGGAUUCAAGUUUGAAUUCUCGAUUGUUUCGAUUCAAGAGAUAGAUGAAUUGUCAAAUGUUGUAAAGGAAAUACCGAUGACCAGUAAUUGGACCAUAGAUAAAAUAACAAACGUCGAUGGUCUUUCAUCAGUAUACUAUACUUUUGAUAAAAACAAUUUGGCAAUUCCAUAUCCUAGCCUUUCAGUUCAAUCUGUACUCUAUAUUACCAAUACAACAACUUCGACAGACAUUGGAUUUGGUGGUGAAACCAUUAGCUUGGCACCGAAUUCCGUCAAGAUCUCAGUCAAUGUCACAGGUUGGAGUUACCAAAGUUCACUUUCAACUCUUAGAGUAGUAUAUCGCUCUCCACUGAGUCUAGAACAAUGCACCAACCUACCUAUAUCUGCUAUUCAUGAUAAAGACAAUAUGACAAUUCAAUACAUAAGAGUAUUGAGUAGUGAUGUAGAGUUCUUUGGUAGAUUCACAAAUAUUGCAGUAUCCGAUGGUAGACCAACUUAUUCUUCUGUAGUGCUUCUCAAUGAAACCAUUGAACCAAACACCGAUAAAAGCUAUGUUCUGAUUGGUAUCAAUGUACCCAAGUGUAUGGAAUGUCUUGUAGAUCCAGAUUUCAGUGCAUUGGUAAAUGUUGACUAUAAAGAAAAGACUUGUGGUAAGAAAGAUUCAAACACUUGGAAGAUUAUCACUGGUGUUGUCGUUGGUGGAGUAGUUUUAAUUGCAUCGACUGUUGCAGCUGCAGUUUUCUAUAUUAAAAAGAGAAAAUUCAAAAAAGAUAGUAAGAAAAUGCAAGCUAAAUUAAAAAGACAUUCAUCAGUUAAUAAUAAUUAG